AUGAAAUAUCUGAUCCUGCUCAGCUUGAUCGCAGCUGCUACCGCUGCUCCUGGAUAUUUGGGUUUGGGUGGUUUGGGCCAUGAAUCGUAUGCGGCGCCAGCGCUCAGCUACGCACACGCUGCUCCGGCUAUUAGUUACGCAGCACCGGCCAUCAGCUAUGCUCCAGCGCCGGUCGUCAAGGCCUAUGCUGCCCCCGCUGUUGUCGCUGCGCCAGCUGUUGUGAAGGCAGCACCGGCCGCCACUAGUUAUUCCACCUUCAGUCAGGUCAUCCAGCACGCCGCUCCAGCCGUCGUUAAGGUCGCCGCUCCCGCUCCAGUUGCCGUAGCGGCUCCAGUAGUCAAGUACGCCGCUCCCGCCAUUUCUUACGCUGCGCCUGCACCAGCCAUUUCCUACGCUGCACCGGCCAUCUCGUACGCCGCACCAGCCAUCAAAUAUGCCGCUCCUGCGAUCUCGUACGCCGCCGCACCAGCAAUUAGUAUCAGUGGUUACGGACAUUACGGACAUUAA